UACCUUUCUAUAUUUUACACCCAUUUUGUUGACCAGAUAUGGAUGUAGAUACACUGCCCACCUAUAAAUUCUAUUUUUUGAAGUCAGUAAGACCAAUAAUCUUCUUCUUCACCUUACACUAUGGCCAAGAAGCCCGUGAAGUACUGUGUGGUCGAUGCAUUUACUGACGAGGCAUUCAAGGGGAACCCGGCAGCAGUGUGCUUGCUGGAGGAGGAGAGAGAUGAAGAGUGGUUACAAGCGGUGGCGCGUGAGUUUAAUCUAUCUGAGACUUGCUAUUUGACUCGGCUCACUGACUCACCUGAGUCUACAAAUGACUCGGGCAAUGCCCUUUCCAUCCCCAGGUUUCAUCUUCGCUGGUUCACUCCUGUUGCUGAGGUCAAACUUUGCGGACAUGCAACAUUAGCAGCAUCCCACUUUCUCUUUACUUUUGGUUUGGUGAAUGCUGAUGUGAUCGAGUUCUCAACACUGUCGGGGAUAUUGACUGCAAAGAGAAUACAUGACAUUAAGGUUUCAGAUUCAUCCCACUUUCAGAAUGGUGAUGCGUCUGAGACCUGGCUCAUUGAACUAAACUUUCCUGUUGUCCCAAUAAUGGAAUAUGAUUACGCGACUGAUGUUUCAGAAAUUUCUAAAAGCUUGAAUGGUGCUUCUGUGGUGGAGAUCAAGAAGACCUCUACUGACCUCCUUGUUGUGCUGCCGUCAGGGAAUGCAGUUGCAGAAGUAGAACCACAAUUUGACGAGAUAAAAAAUUGUCCUGGUAGAGGAAUUAUAAUUACAGGACCUGCUCCUGCUGGUUCGGGAUUUGACUUCUUUAGUCGCUUUUUCUGCCCAAAACUAGGUAUCAAUGAGGAUCCUGUUUGUGGAAGUGCACAUUGUGCUUUGGUGCACUACUGGAGCAAAAAGCUUGGAAAAUGUGAUUUUGUAGCAUAUCAGGCAUCACCAAGAAGUGGCGUGCUAAAUCUGCAUCUUGAUGAGAAGAAUCAGAGAGUUUUACUUCGAGGAAAGGCCAACAUGGUGAUGGAAGGUUCUGUCCUGGUUUGAACGAGAAGUUGUACUUCAAUAUUGAAUAAUUGAUUCAAAAUGCAUGACAUUGUCAAUUAAGUUGUCGCCUCUAGUGACUUCCGAAUAAAGAUUUUAGGCGUUUCCUCGUACAGUACAUUGUAAAAUUUACAUUUUACUCACGUUAUAUAUUAUAUGCUGAAAUUCUAUAGUUUGUCCUACUUAUACUGAUGUCACUGAUGUCUUCAAUCGGAUUGUAAAUCUCAGAUAAGGCUUGUAUGUUGUUAUUUUAUUGGAUAUUGUAGUGUAGUUAUUGGAGGUGAACGGUGACACUUGUCGCUAUACUCCAUGUCCAAGGGAAUGGGAUGGCUCAUAAGUUUGCCUU